AUGCCUUUCCAGAGGUCAAAUCCCUCUUCGGAGACGGGCUCAAAGCCCUCUUCGGUUAAGUCUGGCCUUUCCCAACAAGAAACUGCCACAACCACCACAACCACCGGUUCCAAACCAUCGACGGCAGCAGCAGCUACGCAGAACGGAAAAGCCGUUAAUGGUACUUCUACACCUACCGUCGACGGGAAGCCUGUCGAAAAGGCUUCGGUGAAGGACCGGAUCUCCCGCAUGUUCUCGACGAAAGAAAACUCAUCCACAUCCAGGGCUGCUAGCGGAGUCUCGACUCCCACCCCUACGACGACGGCCCGUAAACCUUCUCACAGCGAAAAAGUCCCUGUUCCGGGAAGUGCCCCUUCCGUCUCCUCAACUACCGCAUCAACGACGGCGGCCCGUCCUACCUCAAAGCCGAAAGACCAUCCUACGGCACGCUUCUAUCCUAACCCCGAGGCUACGCUGUUUGAAAAGUACGGCAAAUGCCAGGAGGUGAUUGGCCGGGGUGCCUUUGGCAUUGUUCGAAUCUCUCACAAGAAGCUCGAGAAUGGCGGCGGCGAAAAGCUCUUUGCCGUCAAAGAGUUUCGCCGCCGCCCAGAGGAGUCUGAACGCAAGUACAACAAGCGGUUAACGUCCGAAUUUUGCAUCUCGUCUUCUCUCCGCCACCCCAACGUUAUUCACACCCUAGAUCUGCUAAAAGAUUCCAAAGGCGAGUAUUGCGAGGUGAUGGAGUUCUGUGCGGGCGGUGACCUGCACUCGCUCAUCGUCGCCGCCGUGAAGCUCGAGGUACAGGAGGCCGAUUGCCUGUUCAAGCAGCUCAUGCGCGGUGUAAAUUAUCUGCACGAGAUGGGCGUUGCCCACCGCGACCUGAAACCCGAAAAUCUCUUGCUUACUACCCACGGUGCUCUCAAGAUUACCGACUUUGGUAACGGCGAGUGCUUCCGCAUGGCCUGGGAGAAGGACCCCCACAUGGUCUCUGGCCUUUGCGGCUCCGCGCCUUACAUCGCCCCCGAGGAAUACACUGACAAGGAGUUUGAUCCCCGCGCCGUCGACGUGUGGGCUUGUGGCGUGAUUUACAUGGCCAUGAGGACCGGGCGGCACCUGUGGCAUGUCGCGAAGAAGGAUGAGGAUGAGUUUUACGGCCGCUAUCUAGAAGGCCGCAAAGACGAGGAGGGAUACCCACCAAUAGAGUCACUUCACAGGGCCCGCUGUCGGAACGUCAUUUAUUCGAUUCUCGACCCAAAUCCUAAACGACGACUUCAAGCCUCGCAAGUCCUCAAAUCUGAGUGGGGCCGGGAAAUAAAAACGUGCAAAGCCGAAGGUCGCAAUGUCCAAGUCCUGGGCCGCUCGUCCCUUGCCGGCGAUGUCUCGUUUGACCGCUGGGUAAGGCAUGACUUGGCGGCGAAGAUUCGGCCGCAGACGCAUCAUCCGGCACCCGAGGCUGUGUCGCAGAGCAGCAAAGCGGCCAAUAGCUCGAACCUGGUCGCAACGACAACAUAA